CUCUCUGAAAUCCGUCGAUGCAUUCCUUCACCGGUGGCCUACAUGUACAGCAAUAGUUGCCUUGUCCUUGCUCGUGUCAUUGACUAGCACAACUAGUUAACUGACCAAUAACAAUGCAAUGAAAAAUUGGCGGCAAAAAAGGUUUAUUAAGGCGGCCCUGGAUCCUUAUGAUCCAAAGUCGUCUAAACCUCGGCGCCCUGGGGCCAAAAGCAGCACUAUACAGGAAUGUCUCGAGUGUGCCGCAUUGUAUUCCGUGCUCAGUUCAUCGGAUGAACAGGCUCCGCUCAUCACAAAUCUGAUCCAUCCUCUUUUCCAGCGCGUUCACCCUCCUCAACCUGGUCCAAUAAAAAUUGAGGCGCGACCCUCUGCUGUUCGUCUCAACAUCACUGAACACACGACACAAUGGACUUUACGAUCCCUCGGUCCUCCGCUACAAUCUUACUUGUAGGCCAUGCAGGCAUCGGUAAACGACGACUUGCAUCCUGCAUUCGUUCAGAGCUUGCACCACCAUCUAACUCUUCGGCCGAUGCUGCCCCCAAAUCCAAUACCGAUAUCAGUUUCAGGACUGCAGAGACAUUACCUCUCGAAAAGGACGGGCAUAUCAGCGCAACACUGCCUCUCUUACGACGUUUCGCCUCAGAGCACUCGGUAAAGCAGGCGACAGAGACCGUUGUGGAGUCUGUGGUCCGAUAUGAUUUAAUCCUUUUCAUGGUUAACAUGACGAAUCGGAUAUCAUGGGACGAGUGCAAAGGCUCGCUCCUUCAGCUAGACCCUGGCUGUUUCCUUGGUCGCUGUGCCAUUGUUAUUACCAGAGUCGCGGCUGUUUCCAAGUAUGCGUUUGACAGGGACGACAUUACAGAUUUCCUCGAUAGUUUUUAUGAUAUACCUACAAUUUGGACAAAUCUUGACGUGGACUCUGAGGCUACCUUGACAGCGUUUCAGGUUGUUCGGAUCCUGGAAGUGAGCGCUGGAUACAGAAGACGGGCGGAGAACAGCUUAUUAUUUAGUAUAUCACACAUGCCAAUUGCACCGAUAGUUUCCUCAGCGUCGAUGAAUGGUAUAGCAGCAGCAGGCGGAUCAAAAGCUAAAGCCUCUAUGAUGCCCUUGGCAACUUCCACGUCGAGUUCGUUUGUGGGAUCGAACCUCGGAAAUCGCUUGACCGCAACACACCUUUUGAUGAAAUCUCCGGAGAAAUAUACAGUGCUAGUUACCUCCUUGCCAGGUGAUGAGGACGAAACGUCAGGGGAGGACGAUAUGGCCAGGGUGCUCUCCAACCUCGAUUCUCAAGAAUAAACUAUCGUGGGCUAUUCGACGGGUGUCACGUGGAAAACAAUUGCCCGCCCUUUUGAGUUGCCCGUUCGGUCAUCUCGUUGGUGCGUAGCGCGCCUUUAUACGGAUGUACGGACGAUAUCACGAUGGCACAACUAUGACACGAGAGUAUCCGUCAGGGUUUCGUAUCUGGAGGGGAAAAGAGCGUUUUAGUUACCCCACUUUCAGUUUUUGGCUAGCUGCACCGGUUUCGUCUUCAUAGAUAUAAAAGCGAC